AUGCAGGCUUUGGCUCUAGAGAACUCAAAGGAUUAUUCCAGUUUAGCUUUAAAACAAGUGGAGAUCCCUGAACCUAAAAUAGGUGAAGUCUUAAUAAAAAUUGAGAAAGCCCCAAUCUAUAAUUCUGAUAUCCUUUCAAUUCACACAAAACCAUCAAGAAAAAGCUCUGCCUAUCUAAUUCCUGGCAUAGAAGGAACAGGGACUGUCAUAAAAAGUGGAGGAGGUAUAAAAUCCUGGUUUCUGAUAGGGAAAAAAAUCAGUUUUUUGCAACUUGAUGACACAUAUGCAGGAUCCUGGGCAGAGUAUACCGUUUGCAACUCAAAAUGAUGCAAACCAAUAGAAGACAAUAAAAAUUCCUCAAGAAUUUUGAUAUAUAGUUCUUUCUUAGCCAAAAUGGCGAUCGAUACUGCAAGAAAGAACAAUUAUUCAGGGAUAAUCUUAACUAAUGCAGACACUAUUACUGGAAAAAUCCUGCUAAAACUUGCUCUUUCAUGCAAAAUAAAAUGCAUUUGUAUCGUUGAAGAAAAAUCACAGAAAAUUGAACUUAAACAAAUAGGGGCAAAUAGUGUGCUUAGACCUAGCAAAAAUAAUUUUAACUCAAAACUCAAGAAGUUAUGUGACGAUGUAGGUCCUUUGUGCACUUUUAACGUAAGUGGAGGCAAACUAAUUAGUUAUAUCGUUCCAAUAAUUCCAUUAGAAAGCGAAAUUUAUAUCAUUGAUAAUGAUUCUGAUAGCCAGCUCUCUGGAAUUAACCCAUCAGAUCUUAUUUUUGGAGGUAAAAAAAUCAAAGGCUUAGAUUUGCAAAGAUGGCUUAAAGGGUUGUCUAUGAGACAGCGCUUAAGCCAUCUAGAAGAUAUUUUUAACGAAAAAGAAAUUUUUCAAAUAAACGAUUUUGACUAUUUUUCUUUUUCAGACUUCAAAAAUGGAAUAAUAAACUGCUUACACAGUAAUAGCAAGCGCCAAUCUAUUUUAAAUAUCAAUCAUAUUAUUGAAGAAAGCAAAGAGAAUGAGAAUUCAGAAGAGAUAAAGCAGGAAAGUGCUGAAAAAGAAGAAAUACCAGAAAAAGAAGAAAUAAAAGAAAAUGAAAUUGAAGAGUCUAAAGAAGAAUGCGAGAUAAAUAAUGAAAAAGAAGAGGAAGAUGAAGCAGAAAAGGAAGAACAAGCUUAUUUAGAGAGCGAAAUUCAAAAUUCUGAAUCAAGAACAGUAACAAAACUGCUUCAAAGCCUGCCUAAGUUUGAAUGGGAUUAUCAGCUUGGUGAUGGAAUCGAAACAAAAGAAAUGCCACUAAAGCAGCUUCCUGAUUUAAGCAUCUAUAGAGGAGAAUGGGCUAAUGGCUCUCUUCAUGGGAAAGGGACAAGAUAUUACACUGAUGGGUCCAUUUACAUAGGAUACUGGCAGAAUGGCCAAAGUAAUGGAAAAGGACUCUUUAUUAAUUCAGACGGAGAAUGGUAUGAAGGUAUGUGGAAGGAGUCAAAAUUCAAUGGUUUCGGAAAACAUUUAUCCCAAGAAGGUCAAUAUUACGAAGGCAUAUUUGAAAAUAAUUUUAUUCAAAGCGGAAGCGAAGUCACGUUUGAUGGAAAUAAAUAUGAAGGAAACUUUAUUAAUAAUGAGUGAAGCGGAUUUGGGUCUUUAACAAUUAGAGAAACAGAAAUGAAAUAUGAAGGAGAGUUCGUUAAAGGAAAUAUUUCAGGAAAAGGGAAAUUAUUUUAUAAGGAUGGCAAAGUUUUCGAAGGAGAAUUCGAAUGGUUUAAUGCAACAGGUACUAUGACUUAUCCUGAUGGAACUAAAUUUGAAGGAAAAAUUAAUGACUGCAAGGAAUGUGGGGAAGGAAAAUUAAUUACAGCAGAUGGGGAAGUAAAAACUGGAUUAUGGAAAGAAGGGCAGCUUGUUAAAUGAAUUGAGGAUAAUAAAGAAGAAACAGAGAAUAAGGAAGAACAGAAAGAAGAAAACGCCGAAGAAAGCAAGCAGGAACAAGAAGUAGAAAGCAAGCAGGAACAAGAAGUAGAAAGUACUGAUAAGGAAGCAGCUCAUGAUCAAGAGACAGGGAGCAAAGAUAAUGCAGAGCAAAGCAAGCCUGAGAGCAGUGAAGACACAAGUAAAGUAAAUGAAGAAGAAAGUGCUCAAACAAUAGAAAACUCUCAAGAAGCUCAAGAUGCAGAAAUUAAAGAAGAAAACAAAUCCACUGAAUAA